AAUUUGGCGAACGUUUAUUUAAAUAUACGUGCCCUCGGGCACCUGUUCAUCGCUCGAACCGGUCGGAUCGCUUCGCUCCGCUCUGACCACACCGAGCAUCAACAAGUGAACGUGGAAAUUGUGUUUGUGAAGAAGCAAUUUCCAGGCCGCAAACAAACUACUGCAUAUCUAAUUGGACUUAAACUCGAUAAAGGAUGAAGUUCUUCAGCCGCAUGUCGAUGAUCUGAUGAGCCUUUUGGAUGAAAGACUUUCAACGAUCGACUCAAUUCCGGAAAUCGAAAAUGCAACGAGAAAAUUAUGCAGCGGACUUGCGAAAAUUUUUCUCAAAUACGGAAAAAACGCAAAAAUUUUGUGGGAAUGCCCGAUUGGUGGAACGAAGAAUUGGAGAGAUUUCGAAAAAUCUAUCUUGCGAAAAAGACGCUCUUUUACCGCAACAGAUUUCGAGAAUACCAUCUUUUCGCAGAAAUGACCAGGGCAAAGGAAACUUUCAAAGAGAAAGUGGAGAAACGCAUACAAAAAUAUUGGUUGAAAUUCGCCUGAAAUGACCUGGCUAGGAACCCCUGAGGAGAUAUUUACAAGUUGGCUUCUGAAAAAUUCAAAACUCGUGGAAUUUUGCAAUCUUUUCAAACCGACGAGGAAAACAUAACCAGGGACUUUCGAUCAACCAUGGAAUUUUCCAUCACGAAUUUACUUCCUGAUGACGACCCGAACAUCAACACCGCGGAGCAACAUGUCACUCUAAGCAAUUAUCGAACAACCACUGCGGAAGUGGGGAGUGACGUUGUAAUUAGCGAAAAGGAAGUCGACAAUUUUGUGUCUGAGAUCCAGAACAAAAAGCCCCCGGCCUUUACAAUUUAAAAAGAAAAAUCCUUAAAAAAUUGUAGCCCAAAAUUACACCACUAAUCACCAGAAUUUACAAUGCCUGUUGGUCGCUUAAUUAUUUUUCGUCUACCUGGAAAAAGGGCAACCUUGUAGUUCUGUUGAAAGACCCAAACGCCAGCCACUCAAAUAUCAAGAACUAUCGCCCCAUAAUGCUUUUUCCGGAACAUGGAAAAAUCCUUGAGAAAACUAUAAGGAGAAAACUCGAAGAAAAAUUGUGUCCGUUACAUUCUCAACGUCAAUUUGGAUUUGUCAAAGGACGUUCGACAAGUGAUGAAUUGCACUCAAUUGUCUCAACAAUUCUCUCCCAGGCCAAGUAAGUGACGACAAUCUUUAGUGGCCCAUCCCUGAUCAAGACACUAAGGAAUCGAGGAGCAACUUCAAAACUGACAGCCAUGAUUAAAAGCUACCUAAAUGCGGUCCAUUAUGGAAGUCACACAAGGCGAUGUCACUGUCCGAAAAUCCUGCACCAAAAGAUGCCAUCAGGGAUCUGUUUUGAGCCCCACAUUAUAGAACCUGGUUAUGGACACUCUUUUGGAAUCAGAUUGGCCGGAUUUUGCAACCCCUAUUGCAUAUGCUGACAAUCUGUGGACUCACAUCUUCGUACUCACCUUAAAUUACGAUUACCUCAGGUAAUUACUAAAAUUACAGAUUGGGCUACUCGUAAUAAAUUGAGUGUUUCAGAGACGAAGACGAAACUUAUGAUUCAUAAAUGCCCCUCGAGAAUCCACCACCGUGUCCUGGAUAUCAGGAUGUAUGGAAACAAGAUUUUGCUGGAGAGACGCAGAAGUAUCUUAACAUUAUGCUCGAUUCGAAGCUGCAUUUUGAAAGUCACGCCAUCCACUCGGCGAAGAAACUCCGGCAAAUUACAAUGAGCCUACGUAGCCUCGCCGCUAGAAAAUUUGGACAAACCUAUGAUGAAUCAUAUUACGGGGCCAUUGUUCCAAUUAUUGCAUAUGACAGCCGUAUCUGGUCGGACCGACUUCACGCUGUAAAGAAGAACCGGCAAUACGUGUCUGCACAAGCACCUUUUAAUCGAAUCCUGUCGAAGUGCUAUGACUCUGUAUCGAAAGAGGCUGUGCCGUUCUCAACGGAAUUUCUCCCAUGGACAUCGCAAUUCAAAUGCGAAAUUGCCUGAAUGAAAUAAAACAUGGCCGAAAUGUUUUAGCCUUGUCCCAAGUUCUCACGGGCCAUCUGAACUUUGGUAAUCACCAAACCCGACUUGGAAAAAGCGAAAACUCUAACUGUACCACCUUGAAGAUGACCCAGUGCACUGCAUAAUGGAAUGUCCCCAUUUUAAGGUGUGAUGGACCAAGCGGUGUUAUUUGGCAAUGCCAAGAAUUCGGUUGCGUUAUGCUGACCAGGUCCAUUGCAACUUCGAUAUUUUAUUGUUUAAGUAUUUCAUUAGUAUUUCGUAUAGCUUUGUAAGUAUUAUUAUUACGGUUAAUGUAAGUAGGUUAGGAGAUAUGGAGGUGGUCUUAGUGACCUAUUGUUAUAAAUACAAGGAAACCACCAACAGGAAGAAUCAGUAAGAAUCAGUAGAAGAAUCUGUAACAUUAGUUAAUAAGUAAUAAGUGACUAAUGUAGUGAAUAAACAAUUAACACUGGUACUGGCGUUUGAUAACCAAACCCCCUCAAUCCAUACAUUACAUGGCGAUCCUGCCAGUGGCAGUUCAGUGAUAUUAUAGUAUGUGUUAAAGAGAAAAAAAUGGCGGGCAACACGCAGUCGAAGCAGGAAGAAAUCAUUGUGGAAGCUGCAGGAAACGGGUCUAAUGCAGCAGCGGCCAAACUAGGAGUGAGUAUUCGCCGAAUCUUCGAGGAGUUCCAGCUCCAGCGACCCGCAGUGAAGUGAAAACAGUGCCGGAAGUACCGAGUGAAAUUGUUGGUUACUCUUUUGGCAACACACCACACUUUGUUUUAGCGUGCUGUUUGUUGCUGCUAAUAGUAAUAAGUCGGUUGUAAUUGUUUGGUGAUUUUUUAUUGAAAAUUUGUGUUUUGUUGUAAUUCAAAAUGCCCCGGAGAAAGCGACACCCAUUCCCUUACCGAAAAGGAGUUGACAACAGAGGUCGGUCUGUCCCUAGAAAACGGCAGAAGACCGCCAACAACGAUGAAUCGCAAAAGUCUUUUUCAACGACUUCGAUUCACAGCAUUGUUGAAGGUGAAAGACAGGAACCUCUUGGAGAAGUCUGUUUUGACGUGCCCCUUAUGGACAUUGACAUCGAGGAAGCAGCAGAAACAGACACAGCCCUACACGUCUUCGAUGAUACGUCCUCCCAAAACGCAGUUGAGGAAAUCAGAGGACAUCUGAACUUACAACCCCAUGUGAUUGUAAAGUUCAAUCCCCAAAAUUUGAUUUCAUUCUCGGACGACGAAGACGACUCGCGAGAAUGCUACAUAUACCGAUUGCAGUGUUCACAGCGACAAAAUCAAAUGGAAACCGAAAACGAGCAUGACGGCAAUGUUGAUGGAACGUCAGCUUCAAACAUUGUGGAUGCGCUAAUCCAAAAAUUAGAAAGCACAUCAAUCAGUAGCGAAACUACUAAUGAUGUUUUUGUUUUAGGAUCUGAUUCAGCAAGAAUUUAUACCGCCCCGGAACAGGGAUGUCGGUGUAACCAAGCUGGAAAAUCAACAGAUCGCUGUCCACUUCAUGAGAUGGAAAUUGACGAAGACGACCAAAUUGUUUGAGAUCAAAUCGAUGGCAUUGCGAUUUUAUCUGAUAAUGUUUGGAAUGAGUUGCAAAAAUCAUUGAUUUCCGACAAAAAUGAUGGUCCUGGAGAUGAGGAUUUUGUUGAGAACGAACGAACGUCGUUUUCAAUCCGAAUUUCGAUAACGAACUAGAUCGAGAGGCAGACCAAAUGGACCAACUUGAAAUGGAAGUCGAGGUUGAGCGCAUUCGUAACAGAGAUGCUCCAAAUUCGAUUCAUUCGAUCCGCCCAAUGAAUCAGGUUUGUCAACAUUGCAGGGCCAAUUCUUUUCACGAGGAAAAAACCACUCUAGGAGAAUAUAACAAAUGUUGCAGUGGUGGUAAAGUUCAACUGCCACAAUUAGGUGAACAUCCAGAAGAACUCAGACAGUUGUUCACUGGAGAACAACAAUUGUCUCGCGAAUUUGUAAGCAAAAUUCUCACUCACAACAAUUGCUUCCAGUUUGUUUGUAAGUAUUGAAGCAAAUUUGCGUGAUAUCCCUGGAUUUGGACCUUACGUGUAUAUCAUUUUGCUAAGACCUACUAAAAAUUUUAUUACUUUUAAGUUAAAUGCGGUAUUGUUAAGAGUAAACCAGAGGGUAAACAAAUCAUAAAUUAGUGUAG